CUUAAUAAUAUGUAUAUUUACACAAGUUAUGAAAAAAAUCAGCCUAACUAACCUCUAAACAGCAUAAGUGAUAUUCGACAGACAAUCCAAACAAAUAAUACCGAAUAAUUCGAAUUCGAAUAAAUAUAAAGUUGUUGAUAUAGAAUUUAUAUAUAUAUUAGGUAGCUAAUAAAUUGAAGAUUCUUUAAAAAGAGCUGAUUAUAUCAGCAGUGCGUAUGCGGCAAUGAUCAUAGAGAAUUUUAUUAUACUUGCAGUAAUUCUCCUUGGUCUUUAUUCUGAAUUACAAUAUUGGUUGAUUACAAAAAGUUCUAAUAUUAAAGACUUUUGCUAUUGUGAAAUGAUAGGUGUAUCAGAGUGUAAUUUAGGAUGCGUUAUUUCCCAAAAAAAUGAAUUUUAUAUUCAGCCAACCUAUUUUUUUUAUUGUUGUAUUUUAAUUGGAGUUAUUCUAUAAAUUUGGUUGAAUUUAGGAAUAGUUUAUUUUAGAAAGGUAUAAAAUAGCAUAAUUAUUAAAAUAGCUAUUUUGGGCUUAACAGCUAAUUUUGUUAAUUGUAGUAUUUUCUUGUUAUGCAUUUAUGAUCUCAACAUUAUGCACAUUGAUUGCUUAUAAUUUUGGCAUUGGAUUGAUUUUUCUUGGUUGGUUGAAUGCAUUUGUGAUAAUUUUCUGCUUCGCCUUCUAUACAAUGAAAACAAAAAGUGAAAUGAAUUAUGGAAGUAGAAUUUAUUUAUUAUAUUUAAGUUGGAGCACUCUUUAUAAUGAGUCCAACUAUUUUCUUUUUAAUUACUUUUAUCAAAAUAACUCCCAAUUCUGUUAUGUUCUUAUUGCUAAACAGCCUAAUUUUAAUGAGUUUUGGAUUCUAUUUGAUUUGGGAAUCAAAAAAAAUGUUAAACUAAUAGAGAGUAUUAGACUAUCUUAAUUAAUUUAGAUUAUUCAAUUAUCAUUUAUUGAAAUACUAAUAGGAUCAGAAUUACUUAUUUCUUUUGUAAAUUAGGGAGUCUUUAGAGGAGUUGAAUUGUUAAUCAAAAAAUUAAAAAAAUGAUCUCAUGAUUACAAAUGAUAUUUAUUAUUUAU